AGGACAAGGACUAGAUCUACAAAUCUUAACAAUACAGUUAUACUCUCGAGGUCAAGAAAAAAAAUGCGUCCUCAAAUUUCGCUGCGCAUCGCAGGUGCGAUAUAUGUGGGCCUCGGGGUUAUGGUCUGGUCGGUACUCUGGCUGGCCCCCGAAAUUGGUGUGCCAUUAUCGAUCGGCAACUCGACACCGAACGAUGUGAUUACCACGGCAAGAGGUUGGGGCGACAUCAACGGUGCCAUGUUCUGCGGACUCGGCAUGAUUCUCUUCCUUUGCGGAGGAACCAUCACUUUAUGCGAUGAGAAUGAGCAGGAGAAAAAGGAUUUUUGCUGAUCAUGAGAUUGAGAUGUCAAAUGAUUACAAAAAAUAUGCGUGAACGAACCUCCGAUAAUUCUGAAAGAACUCAUAGUGAUAGUGUCGCAUAAUUUACUGAAGAUGCACGCGUACCUAUGAAAGACUGCAGCAGCAUUUUCUCGUUGAGUUGUACGUGAAGAUGAUGAACAAAUUGAAAAGAAAAUAUUAAAAUAACUUAGUUGGUUCUAACAACUGAAACUGUAUAAGAUUUUCAUCUAUUUGUAGUUGCAGAAUGCAUUUACAACCUUGUUCUUUCGACUUGUUGUACGCGUAAUGUCGCUGUAGUACAGUACCACUCGUUAUUACUUAACUUAAACUUCAACCUCCUCUUCCUGGCAAGUCUUCAUACCGAGAGCCAGAAGAACACGAGACGGAAGUGAUGAAGCGCGUAUUAUUGGCGAAUGCGGUUCUUUCGCUGGCAUUGCUUUGUUUCGCAGUCUUCCACACUGUUGUACUACAGCACGUUAAGGCUUCCACCGAUUCUUUUUAGAAAAAGAUAGGCACCUUAUUAAUAUUAUUAUUUGUUUUUCUUGCUCACUGCAGUAUGUAGCUACUGUGAAUGUGACACAGUAAUUCUAAUUAUGAUGUGACAAAAGAAGAUACUGUUACUAGUGGUAAUAUGUUGUUAACAUGUUUCAGUAGUUAGUGCGAAAUACUUGCAAGGCGAAAAAGGUCGAAGAUGCGCUUUCAAAUGAAUUUGGGUAAUGUAGUCUAAGCACCGCCCACCGCCUCCGCUUUUCCUUGGUGUCGGCGGAUCGCUUCUGGUUUCGACUUCUGGCUGCAUCCACCAGGGUACCAAAAAAGCAAGUGGAUCUGCAAGGAAAAAAUCGCGAGCAUCGUCAACGGGGCGCGGUACGUCGAAGUUGAAGAGCAAGUGA